AAUCAUUUAUUUUACUUGUAUUAAUUUCUUUUUGCUUAGGGUUUUAUUUUUCUUCUUCCUCUGUCUCUCUCAAUCUCUAGUUUUCAAUUUCUACUACUUUUGGGUUCAAUUUUUUUCAUUCACUGAGAUUCAAUCAAGAUCUAACCAUGUCCAAGAAACAGAAUUUGAAGUUAAAAGGUGGUGAUAGAUGAAUUGCUUUGUGGGCUUAAAGUGAAGUAUAUAAUUUGAGCUUAGAUUUUAUCUGGUUAUUACUUAGGAAGUGUUUUUGGAAUUUGGGGGCAAACUUUUUGUUUGUGUCGAUAGUGAUUUUGAUCUACUGGUGCUACUGGCUUUGGCAAUGUGUAAUAACUAAGGGGUCCUCUUAUUUGGAGGAUCCCAAAUAAAAAACAAAGAAGCUUAAAUUUUGCUGAUUUUGUUAUCUAUGGAUGGAUUAAUACUUAUUAGGGUUUUUCAGUUAGUUGACUUGAAAUGAGUUCCUUAUUCAACUAUUUGGGAGUUAUUCCAGUUUGUAAGCAGAAGAAAAAAGGAUUAAUUUAAGUUUGGGUUUUUGAGUAUUUCAAGUUUAUUCUUCUGGUAUGGAUUCUUCAGUGCCAGAAACUAGUGGAGUUGUAGGAGGUCAUGUUCUUGUUCCAACACGUUUUGUUUGGCCUUAUGGCGGUACAAGGGUCUUUCUUACUGGUUCUUUCACAAGGUGGUCAGAGCAUUUGCCAAUGUCUCCAGUGGAAGGUUGCCCCACGGUUUUUCAAGCCAUAUGCAGCUUAACACCAGGGUAUCAUCAGUACAAGUUUUUUGUUGAUGGAGAAUGGCGUCAUGAUGAGUCUCAGCCUUCUGUUACUGGCAACUAUGGGGUUGUGAAUACAGUCUUGCUAACUAGAGAAGCUGAGCCAAUUAUAAAUAUUGAGUCACCUGGCUCUAGAUCUAACAUGGAUGUGGAUAAUGAUGCAUUUCAACGUGUGGUCAAAGUGUCAGAUGGUUCAUUACCUAGAAUCUCAGAAGCUGAUUUAGAGGUCUCUCGUCACCGUAUUUCUGUAUUCUUGUCCACACACACCGCCUAUGAAUUACUGCCUGAGUCAGGCAAGGUUCUCGCAUUGGAUGUUAACUUACCUGUGAAGCAAGCGUUUCAUAUUCUUUACGAGCAGGGUAUUCCUGUGGCUCCUCUGUGGGACUCCUGCAAGGGACAGUUUGUUGGAGUCCUUAGUGCUCUAGAUUUUAUCUUAAUUUUGAAAGAGCUUGGAAGUCUUGGCUCAAAUCUGACAGAAGAAGAGCUUGAGACACACACUAUAUCUGCUUGGAAGGAGAGCAAAUCACAUCUUGAGAGGCAGAUUGAUGGUCAUGGAAGAGCGUUUCCCAAAACUUUGAUCCAUGCUGGGCCAUAUGAUUGUCUGAAAGAUGUUGCCUUAAAGAUAUUGCAAAGCAAGGUGGCUACAGUACCAAUUAUCCAUUCUUCUACACAGGACGGUUUGUUCCCACAGCUGUUACAUCUUGCUUCUCUCUCAGGAGUAUUAAAAUGUGUAUGUAGGCAUUUUAGACAUUCUUCUAGCUCGUUGCCUAUCCUGCAACAACCAAUCUGCUCAAUUCCUUUGGGUACAUGGGUUCCAGAAAUUGGGGAACCAAACGGGCGACCAUUGGCAAUGUUGAGACCAAAUGCACCUCUUAGUGCUGCCUUAUCUUUAUUACUUCAAGCUCAAGUAAGUUCCAUCCCAAUAGUGGAUGACAACGAUUCGUUACUGGAUAUAUACUCACGGAGUGACAUCACAGCUUUGGCGAAAGAUAAGGUUUAUGCUCAAAUUCAUCUUGAUGAAAUGAGCAUCCAUCAGGCAUUGCAGUUGGGUCAAGAUGCAAAUUCUCCCACAGGCUUAUUUGAAGGACAGAAAUGUCAGAUGUGUUUACGGACUGAUUCUUUACACAAAGUAAUGGAGCGGUUGUCUAAUCCAGGUGUAAGAAGACUUGUGAUUGUAGAAGCUGGAAGCAAACGAGUGGAAGGUAUCAUUUCAUUAAUGGAUGUAUUCAGGUUCUUACUCGGGUAACUGGGAUUUAUUAAAGAUUUAUUAAAGAGAUAGAGAGAAGAUUUUUAUGCAAGUCAUUGAAGAGAGAAGAGUUGUAUGCAAAGUGUAAAUGAUCCGAAUUGUCUUAUAUAUUGUUGGGUACCAUUCUUUAAUGUUCUACGUAGUGCGACCUCGGAAGACCUGUUUUUAGGUGACAUGUAAUUUGUCCACAAAGAAAACAAAUUGACAUGAAAGUAACAUUGGUUAUGCGAGCUAGAUCAAUUUUAUUUAAAACAGUUUGGUUUUAUUGUCGCUGUGUUGAUCAA